UUCAUCUACAGGAGAGAAACUUCACUGUAAAUUAAGGAUGCAAAAAGGCUUUGGUAUAUUUGCCAGCUGAGCCCUUCAAAUGGCCUGCAGAGUUGUGAGUUCUCUUGUGGAGAGGUUCAAAGUAGGGAAUAAGUUUCUGAAACAAACGGGGUGCCUGAAAGUCUCCCAGGAUGGAGCAGCMUUUGGAGAGCGGAGCAUUUGCCACAGCUCAUGACACAAAGUUGCACAAAGAGUAAACAGACUAAUAGACAUUUUGAAGAAAUUUAGUUACUGAUAAAAGCCUCUUUUGCUUUUCUUUUACAAGAAAAAAUUGAUUUUAUCUUCACAGGAAAUAUUUAAUGUGAUGAUAUCUCGAAAUGGUACCUGUUAAUUGAUAAUGGAGUUGAAAUAAGCUUUAGAUACACUUUUACAGGUGCUGUGCUGUCUCAAUAUUUGUUGCACAGAAGGGCAUUAAGACCAUUUUAGAAUCCCACUCAUACUAACAUCUGUUUAAAAUAUGACAGCUUUUACUGAUGCCCUUCUUACUCGUAUUUAAUUUUUUUGUCUCAAGUAUAUGCAAUUUURCAAUUUCUGUCAGCUAAGUUUGAUAGUAAAGGUAACAAUACAAAAUUACAAAUAUUAACUAGUUUGUAGUUCUCUCAUUUUAAGAGAUUCAGUUGAGACUGAAUGUUUUACUUGGGAUUGGACAGUAAUGCAGCUCAUCAGGCAAUUCAGUUGAGAUAUAUUAAUGAUCUCUGGGCAUUCUGCCUUCACAGAUACACACAGUGCUGAGAGYAGAUAAUGUCAUAUCAGUUUGGCAGUUGUAUCUUUCAUAACAUAUAGUCCUAUGUAACAUGAAAAAUAAUGCCUCAUAAUAAUCCCUCUAUUGUUGGACAGAUCUUGCUACUAUUGGAUUAAUUGUUGCAUAUCAAGAGAAAUGGCAGAUGAAACAGUCUUUAGAAAGUUGAAAAUACUGAGCAGCUGUAUGAUUUUUGUUACAUAGCUAAAAAAAAAUCAAGUCAGCUAUAUUUAAAUCUUUCUGUAGUGAACAUGACCAAAAUUUUUGAGCACUGUUUUCUUUUAAGCUGUAUUUUCUACUYUACUAUAACAGCWAAUKUUAUGUAAAAUUAAUUCAGUUGCUGUCAUCUGCUUUUAACAAGAGCAUUUAGACUUGCUUUCCUAUCAGGAGAAAGUAAAAAAAGCAAAAUACUAUUGGCAUAAUCUCUGUAGCAAGAUCCUUCAAYUAGUCCCACUAUUUCCAGGAUCAGGGCACAGCACAAGGGGCUCACCAGUUGAAGAGAAGCCUUAUGGAAAGAGGAGUGCUUUCUACUGAUAUGGUCUCUGUAAGAAUACGUAACCCUGCUUUGUUGGAACAAUUUUUUAAAGCGAAUGUUCAUUUUAAAGAUUCUGUGAAGAUGAAAAGGKAUAUCUUAUGGCUUUAUGAAGUAUAAAGCAAUACUGUCUGACAUGACGGCAAAAAAUGUUGGUGUGACUUCCACAAAUGGAGACUUGAAGGGAUUUAUAGAUCAGAACCAGAGUCCAACAAAAGGUAAYAUUUCAGUAAUCACAUUGCCAGUUUCCAGUACCAACUCUCCGACUAAGAUUUUGCCAAAAACCUUGGGACCAAUCAAUGUGAAUGUUGGACCCCAAAUGAUCAUAAGCACACCACAAAGACUGACCAGUUCAGGCAGCGUUCUGAUUGGAAGUCCAUACAACCCAACUCCAACRAUGGUCACACAGACACACAUAACAGAAGCUUCUGGCUGGGUCCCAGGGGAGCGAAAACGGACUCAAGAAAUUAUAGAGUCAGAUUUUUCAGAAAGUAAGAGAAGCAAGAAAGGAGAUAAAAAUGGGAAGGGUCUGAGGCAUUUUUCAAUGAAAGUUUGUGAAAAAGUUCAACGUAAAGGAACAACUUCAUACAACGAAGUCGCUGAUGAGCUCGUAUCAGAAUUCACAAAUUCCAACAGCCACCUAGCAACAGAUUCACAGGCUUAUGAUCAGAAAAAUAUUAGACGAAGAGUUUACGAUGCCCUCAACGUCCUGAUGGCAAUGAACAUAAUUUCAAAGGAGAAGAAGGAAAUCCGAUGGAUCGGCCUUCCUACAAACUCAGCUCAGGAAUGUCAGAAUCUAGAGAUAGAAAAACAGAAGAGGAUUGAAAGGAUAAAACAGAAGCGAGCCCAACUGCAAGAAUUGCUGCUGCAGCAAAUAGCAUUUAAAAACUUGGUACAAAGAAAUCAGCAAAAUGAACAGCAAAAUCAAGGCCCUCCAUCUUUGAACUCCACGAUACAACUGCCUUUCUUAAUAGUCAACACUAGCAAAAGAACAAUUAUAGAUUGCAGCAUAUCAAGUGAUAAAUUUGAAUACCUCUUUAAUUUCGAUAAUACUUUUGAGAUUCAUGAUGAUAGUGAGGUGCUGAAGAGAAUGGGAAUGUCCUUUGGACUUGAAGCAGGCAAAUGCUCAGCUGAGGACCUAAGAACUGCAAAAUCACUGGUGCCAAAAGCUUUAGAAGGCUACAUCACAGAUAUGUCUGCGGGAUUUUCAUGGAUAAACCAAGGGUUACUUUCAAGUUCAGCACAACCAGUUUCCCAUUUCGAGGCAGCUGGAGGCACUUAUGAUGCUAAACCAAGUGAGAAUCCAGGGUUAUGUUUGGAUGCUGAAGUGGCCUUAGCAACUGGGCAGCUUCUUGCCCCUAGCAGUCAGCAGUCCAGCAGUGCAGCAUCCCGGGGGGAGACGCCCUGCUCCUUCAAUGAGGAAGAUGAAGAGGAUGAAGAUGAAGAUUCUUCUUCCCCAGAAUGAGGACAGUAGAAAAUGGAAUAUACAAAAUGCUGCUCAGAUAUUCUUAAUGGGAGUUCCUGUUUGGAUUUUACUGGUUUCUUGCCUUUGUUUGCCCUGUGUUCAAUGAUGCAAGAUGGAAGUUUCAAAACAAGUUUACCAGUAGCUGAAAUAGAAAACUUUUUGUAACUGAACACAGAAUGACAUUCAGAGACAGAGUAAAGUGGUUUUUAUCAACUAUAAACGAGGAAGAGAAGCAAGUCCCUGGAGAUCUGACAAAGUAUAAGUUCAUCUUUUCCAUGUUGGGACUCAAGUCUCUGUCUUCCCCUUGUCUUUUUCAGAUGGAGAAGAGUCAGUCAGUAAAAGCCAAUUCUUGCAUUGUCUUUUGGCUGUGYUGCCUUUAGAAAAACGGGGAGAGAGAGCACAUACAAAUGCGCUAAAAUAGUUAUUUAAAACUAUCUUGUAUGAAAGUGGUUAUAGGGAAAAGGGGCUGUUAAAAUGUUUGCUUUCUUUCUGUUCAACUUGCUGUAUAGAAGAUUCUUAAAGUAAUAUAAAUUGCGAGUGAUUAAAUGAAAUUUGAAAUAGUUUAAAUCCAUUUUAGAUACUCUAAAAGUAACAUUAGUAUAAAAGGUUCAUAUGUCCAUUUAUAUUGCAGGCCUAAUUUAUUAUMAGUGAUUAUUCUUAACCAUUACUAAAACAGUCAGGAAAAAAAAACAGAAUUCUCUGCACCAGCUCUUUUCAAGGAAAAAAAGUUUAAAAAUUGUAUUUCUAGAUUACAGUGUACUCAGUGUAGCUUCUCCUUUAGUGUUCUAACUUUACAUAAUCCCGUUGAUGUUAGAGCAUGUGGGGUUUUUUUUUUAAAAAAGGCCUCCCUCCAUGUUAAGGAUCUCAGGCAGCAUGUUUUCAAGGCAGUCUUCAAAUCUGGGGUGGGCAGGUCACAUAACUAUUCAAGUCAUUGGCUGAGGUUCUUAGGAAAAAAAUAAAAUUUCAACAAUAUGUCAUUUCAUGUUUUGCAUUCUGGUCAGCUUGGAUUCUGACAGACUUUCUAAAUCAGUAAUUUUUGUUGCACUCACCUUGAUGCGCCUUUGAAAACUGUACCACUUAAAAUAAUCUGUKGUUCAAGUUGAAUUGUUAAAUUAGACUUGCAGCAGGAGGCUGUGUUUUAGCUAACAUCACAUCCAAUCAUAAAGACCUUCUU